AUGAAAAAAGAAUGGGGUCAAUGGAAAACUCUUUUGCACGGUGAGUCGGGACUAGGUUGGAAUCAUAUAAAGGGCACGGUUGAUGCGACCCCUGAGUGGUGGCAAAAGAAGAUACAUGUAAAUCCAAGUGUAGCUAAGUUCCGGGAGAAAGGUCCAUUGUGUCAAUAUGAACAAGAUAUGUUAUUCUCGGAUGUGAUUGCAAAUGGGACAAGUUCAUGGACUCCGAGCUCCGGUGUGAUGCCACAACACAUGCAAGAGGAAAUGGAAGAAGAAUCUCAUUGUGAGCCAUCGGAAGAUUUUGAAAGUGUUACACAAUCUGAGCCUCAAAUACCUACUGAUGCACCAAACGAGCUACCAAUUGAAGCACCAACUAGUUCGAAAAGGAAAAGCACUGAAUUUCUCAAUCGUCUUCGUAAGAGAAAGGCUAAGAAGGUUACUAAUGGUGACAAGAUCUCAACGUGCCUUGAGAGGAUGGUUGAAGCAAUGGAACAUGAGUCAACUCGCAAUAUUGUUGAUACAGGGCGUCAAUAUAGCAUACAAAAUUGUCUCGAGAUAUUGGAGAAUAUGCCUGAGAUUGAGGAAGGUGAUCCAUUAUGGAUAAUGGGUGAUAUUGAUGAUGACUCAAAUAUGGAUUCUCUUUCACAAUCAUCAAGUAGUUGCAGUUUAGAUGCUUUGAGCAGUGGAGAUGAAAUUGAAAGUGCACCCACACCCACAUCUAAAAGAACCAAUGUCCAGGAUUGUAUUGGUGCAAUUGACGGAACUCACAUUAAGGCAGCUCUUCGGAAAGAGCUCCAAACUCCAUUUAUUGGAAGGAAAGGAACUCCUACUCAAAAUAUUAUGGCAGUAUGUGAUUUUGAUAUGUGUUUCACGUACGUAUUGCCAGGUAAGUAUUACCUAGUUGAUGCCGGUUAUCCAAAUAUACCAGGAUUUCUUGCACCAUACAAAUAUCAGAAAUAUCAUCUUCCAGAUUUUCAACGAGCGACUACAUACACAAAUCAAUAUGAAGUCUUCAACCAUUUUCACUCGUCAAUAAGAAGUACGAUUGAACGAGCGUUUGGAUGUUGGAAAGAAAGAUUUUACACGAUGAAAGAUAUACCUAUCAAUAUUUCAUGGGAAGAUCAAGUAGCGCUUGUCCCGGCUACGAUGGCAAUUCAUAACUUUAUUCGUAAAGUGGAUGCACUAGAUGAAGAUUUUUCACAAUAUGAUCGUGACCCCGAGUAUUUGCCAAAUAGGACUAGUAAUCGUCGAUCCAAUGACAAUAUUCAUGGACCCAAUUUUGACGUCAUUGAUGGUGGCAUGGACAGGGUUAGAGAUGAUAUAUGUACCUCCAUUGCGUUUUCUAGAAUUGGAAUAUUUAUUCAUUAG